AUGGAGGAGGAGGAUGAUGAGGGGAAUGAUAACUAUGAUGAUGAGUGUGAGGAAGAGGAGGACAAUGACCAGUGUAAGAAAGAGGAGGAGGGGGAGUAUGAAGCCAUUGCAGCCCCCUCUGUGCCUCCCAAGCAACUGAAUCAGUGCCCUGAGUGUGGGCAGAGCUUCCCACCUGGCUCAGAUCCACUGGAGCACCGCUGCCCCCAGGCUGGCACCAGACCCUUCAUCUGUGAUGUCUGUGGCAAGAGCUUCAGCUGGAGCUCAAAUCUCACCAGGCACCGCCUCAUCCACACUGGUGAGAAGCCCUUCACCUGCAGUGACUGUGGUGAGAGCUUCAACUGCAGCUCCACCCUGAUCGUGCACCGCCGCACCCACACUGGAGAGAAGCCCUAUGGUUGUGGGGCCUGCAGCAAGAGAUUUGCUGACAAGUCCUCCCUCAGGAAGCACCGCGGUGUCCACGCCAAUGAGAAGCCCUUCACGUGUGACACCUGCGGCAAGAGCUUCAAAAGCAGCUCCACCCUCACCAUCCACCGCCGGAUCCACACCGGGGAGAAGCUGUUCCCCUGUGCAGAGUGCGGCAAGAGCUUCACCGAGAGCUUGAAACUCAUCCGGCACAAAGUCAUCCACAGUGGCGAGAAACCCUACAGCUGCUCUGACUGCGGCAAGAGCUUCAACCGCAGCUCACAGCUCACCAUGCACCAGCACAGCCACACCGGAGAGAAGCCUUACGUGUGUGGGGAUUGCGGUAAGAGAUUUGCUGACAACUCCACCCUCAGCAACCACCGCCGGAUCCACACUGGAGAGAGGCUGUUCCCCUGUGCAGAGUGUGGCAAAAGUUUCACCCAGAGCUCCAAACUCAUCCGGCAUCAACUCAUCCACAGCGGUGAGAAACCCUACAGCUGCAGUGACUGCGGCAAGAGCUUCACCGAGAGCUCCAAACUCCUCCAGCACCGCCUCAUCCACACUGGUGAGAAACCCUUCAGCUGCGCCGACUGCAGCAAGACCUUCAACUGCAGGUCUACGCUCGGCCGGCACCGCCGCACCCACACCGGUGAGAAGCCCUUCACCUGCAGUGACUGUGGCAAGAGCUUCGGCUUCAGCUCCAACCUCACCCAGCAUCGCCGUACCCAUGCCAGGGACCAGCCCACACUGGGGAGCAAGCACGAAUAG